CUUGCUCUCCACCACCCCUCAACGCUACUGCGAACACCAGCUUGCCCGCUCGCUAGCUUAUAGACAUGAGCAUGGGUCUGCAUCACUUGACGUUCCUCCGCACAAAAGAAAUGAAUGUUGCAGUAUCAACUGGUCUGUAUGAGGCCUGAUUGUCCCUACUCAGACUAUCCUGGACUAGUAUGUUCCAAGACCAGUAUAUAUCGUCUUUAGCCAGAUAGCAACUCAGCGCAGUAUUCCAUCGUAUUCUACAAGCGGCCCAUGCCGCCACAAGAAAGCACAUGAGGACGUAUAAUGUACGCCAGCAUCAGUAUCAUAACUUAGUUUACCGAAUAUCAGAAUACGACUGUGUGGAUUUUCCAUGAACAUUCAUCAGCACGAAAAUCGUGGAUGACUUCAAGCAGAAUAUCAUAGUUGAUGAACACCUACUCGAUGAAUCCAACUAUCCUGCCUCUGAAAACUUUCACGACUUUUUGUACACCACUACCUCAACGGCCCAAUCGUAAACUUCCGCCUUCAAGGUGCAACCUCAGCGUAUCCAGCUCUCCAUAUCGUUCGAAGAGCCACUUCGCCCAGUCGCCGUCGCCGACUUCGACUGCCACGUACUAUUCGUUUCCCAGGAAUUACAUCGUUAACGCCCCUGUUGAACAUCUGCGUUUCCUUCGCACUCGAACCUAUGAACAGGUCCUCAAACACUUCGUCACGCAGCGCUCAUAUGCUGUUCCAACCAUUUUGAUAACACGCUCUGCACAUCCUCGCUGUUUACGUCGCUCCUUGCGGUCACUGGUCUGCCAGUCGGCAAAUGCACUGCGCAUGCCAUCCAUUGUACACCGUUGCACAACGAGGUGGUCAAUUGCACCGACGGAGUCUGGUGCAAAGUGAAGUUUUCAAGGGAUCGGGCUACAAAAGUCCAUGGAAUGGUCCGGGUGUGCCCAUACGGCUCCAGGGAUGUGAGAGAGAAGUUGGGCGAUACGUACGCCGAGGUCGAAAGGGAGCGAGGGCUGGGAGCGGAGGGCGUUGGUCGCUUCUGCUAUGCUAUUGUCGUCAGGCAU